AUGACCAUCAAGAAACUCACAGCGAGCGCCCCGGCCCCGGGUGUUCCCUUCUACACGCCGGCGCAGGACCCACCCGUCGGCACGGCCCUCGAGCCCGGGCCGGACGUCCCUACCCUUUUCACUCCGAUCAAGCUCCGGGGCCUGACACUGCAAAACCGCUUCGUUGUUAGCCCCAUGUGCAUGUAUUCGGCAGAUGACGGGCAUCUGACCGACUGGCACCUGGUGCACCUCGGCGCUUUCGCCCUGCGCGGCGCUGCCCUGACCAUUGUUGAGGCUACCGCGGUGACCCCCAACGGGCGCAUCUCCCCUGAGGACUCGGGCCUGUGGCAGGACAGCCAAAUAGCACCACUGCGGCGCAUCGCCGACUACAUCCACUCGCAGGGCCAAAAGGUCGGCAUCCAGCUUGCCCACGCCGGGCGCAAGGCCAGCACCCUCGGCAUGUGGCACGGCAACAAGGUGGCCGGCCCGGAGGUGGGCGGCUGGCCCGACAACCUGUGGGGCCCCAGCGCCAUCGCCUGGGACGAAGGGUUCCCGACGCCCAAGGAGAUGACAGUCGCCCAGAUUGAGGGGUUAGUGCAGAGCUUCGUCGACGCGGCCAAGCGCUCCGUGCAGGCGGGCAUGGACUUUAUCGAGAUCCACGGCGCGCACGGCUACCUCAUAUCCGAGUUCCUCUCGCCCAUCACCAACCAGCGGACCGACGCCUACGGCGGCUCUUUCGAGGGCCGCACCCGCGUCCUGCUCGACAUUGUCCGCGGGGUCCGCGCUGUUAUCCCCGACGACAUGCCCCUUUCAGUGCGCGUGUCGGCGACCGAAUGGAUGGAGUACACGGGCCAGCCCUCGUGGACUCUGAACGAGACCACGCGCCUGGCGCUGCUCCUCGCCGACGAGGGCGUCGAUCUGCUCGACGUCAGCUCGGGCGCCAACAACCCGGCCCAGAAGCUCAACAUUUACAAGUACUACCAGAUUGACAUGGCCGGUCACAUCCGCGAGGCGCUUAUCAAGGCUGGCAAGGGCGGGAAGAUGGCCAUUGGCGCCGUGGGCAUGAUUGACGAUGCCGAAACGGCCAGGGAUGUGGUGCAGGACGCUGGGGAUAAGACCAAGGCCGACUUGGUGCUGAUCGCCAGGCAGUUCUUGAGGGAGCCCGAGUUUGUGAUCAAGACGGCCAAGCAGCUGGGCGUGAAGAUUGCGACACCGCAUCAGUACCACCGGUUCUAG